AGGCAAGCAAGCUUAGCCCCAUCACAUGAUGCGCCCCCAGGCCCUCUUUAAUUGAGGAGAGGAGGAGCUGGACCUCAGUUGGGGCCAGGAGGAUAUCUUUGCCGCUCUCCCCCCAGUGGCUCGAGAACAGGAAGUCCCAGUCGCGAGCUAGCCCGGCCGGGAGUUCGGUCCUCUGCCCCCAUGGCAGGCUUCUGCUACCUUCUGGGACUUCUUCUCUUGGCGGCCAGAAUCCCCCUCCAUGCUGCUAAACGAUUUCGAGACGUGGCAAGUCAUGGAGGGGCUGCGGCCCCUGUCUUUAGGCACCAGGACCGACUUCAAGGCUGGUCUCCCGACCAGAACACAUGGAAUGAAAAACUCUAUCCUGUCUGGAGAGAGGGAGACUCCCGGUGGAAAAGCUGCUGGAAAGGAGGACAGGUGCGGGCCCUCCUGACCAGCGACUCCCCGGCACUGGUGGGGUCCAACAUCACCUUUGUCGUGAGCCUGGUGUUCCCCAGAUGUCAAAAGGAAGUGGAGAGUGGAGACAUCGUCUAUGAUCACAGCUGCAAGAACGACACUGCCUCAUCCUCAGAUUCUUAUGUGUACAACUGGACUAUGGAGGAAAGAGACUGGGGAAAGUGCCCAAACAGAAGUACCCACCAUGUGUUUCCAGAUGGGAAGCCCUUUCCUUGCCAUCCUGGAUGGAAGAAGAAGAAUUUUGUUUACAUAUUUCAUACACUAGGUCAGUAUUACCCCAAAUUGGGACGCUCCUCAGCUGCAGUUUCUAUAAACACAGCCAACAUGACUCUUGGUCCCCAACUCAUGGAAGUAAAUGUGUACAGAAGAGGACACAAAACCUAUGUCCCAGUCGCAUCGACCAGGGACAUAUAUACAAUAACAGAUGAAAUCCCUGUAUUUGUGAAUAUGUCCCAGAAAAACGAUCGCAAUUCAUCUGAUGAUAUCUUCAUCAAGGACCUUCCCGUUCUGUUUGAUGUUUACCUUCACGAUCCCAGCCACUUCCUGAACACCUCUGCCAUCCACUACAAGUGGGAGUUUGGAGACAACAGCGGCUUAUUUGUUUCAAACAGUGCUGUUUUUAAUCAUACUUACACCCUCAAUGGAAGCUUCAUUCUUAAUCUGACCGUCCAAGCGGCUGUCCCCGGUCCGUGUCCUGGGCCUUCACCCAGUCCCCCAGCACCUACCUCUCCUCCCUUUAUAGUAAGUACUGUAAACUCCGACGCCGCCAUCCCGUUGCCUCCUGGGGCCGACCUGCAAGAUUGGGGCAGAGAUGCUCCUGAUGGAAGCUGCCAGAUCAUCAGAUAUGGCCAUUUCACGGCCCCGCUCACUAUCGUCGAGGGAAUCCUGGAAGUGAAUAUCAUCCAGAUGACCAAUAUUCAGAAGUCGAUGUCACAGACUGAGGAUUCCGCCGUCGACUUUGUUGUCACCUGCCAAGGGAACACUCCUACUGAUGUCUGUACAGUUAUUUCUGAUCCUACGUGCCAAUGGCCCCAGAACACAGUCUGUGACCCAGUGGAAGUCAAUGACCAGUGCUUGUUGACCAUAAGGAGAGCCUUCAGGGAAAAUGGGAUGUAUUGUGUGAACCUUACUUUGGGCAACGAGGCCAGUCUGGCCCUUACAAGUACAUUGGUCUCUAUCAAUGGAAAAGCUCCAGGGUCACCUUCCAGAGCCGGAGCAGGCAUCCUGGUCUCCAUCGGCGCCUUGGUUAUCUUCACUGUUCUUCUAACCUUGUUUGUGUACAAGCGAUACAAAGAAUUCAAACUAAUUGAAAGCUGCCCGGGGAAGGUGGGAAAGAACAAUGGCCUGGAUGUUUCUUUCCAGAAGGAGAAGACUGUGUUCUUCCCGGCAAACAAUGAGAAGGAUCCGCUGCUGAAGAGAGAGCCUGGGAUUGUUUAACACUCACAGCCAAUCUGGGCCUUUAUAGUGCACACGACAAAAUGACAAAUGUGCUCAAUAUAGAGAGAAGCAUGGAAAGAGCAACAUGAACUGAUGUGGACUAAAAUGAGAAGAACCAAGAAAAAUAGAUCAAAGACUGCAACAAAGUAAACAGAAAGAACAACUAAAACCAAAAUCAAAAGUGAAUGCUGCAAAAUUUGAAAGAAAAAGCUCUCAGUCAAAAGACAUGGGAAGACAUUCCCAUCCAGUUGUGGAGAAGGGGGAGGUCCAGGAGCAUCGCAUAUAUUUUCAGAUGUUGUCAAUGAUCAGUCAUGUUGAGGUGGUUUUUGUGGUGUUGGUGGUUGUUUUUACUUCUUUUUCUUUUUUCUUAUUUUCUCUUUAAAAAUACCAUUUGUUACAGAAAAGUGUUUAAAAGAAUUACACAUAUUUAACCUAUACCAAAUUACUUGCUGUUUUGAGGAGAGGAGAGGUAAGGAAGAGGAGAAAAUUUUGGAACACAGUCUUACAAAAAUGAAUGUUGAAAAGUAUCUUUAUGUGUAUUUGGAAACCUAAAGUACUGUUGAAUUUUUUUUAAUGUAAUUGGUAAAUACUUAAUCAAAUAAAUAAAAAUACAAUACAACAUUUUUAAAAA